AGUGCUGCGGGCCAUACUCACCAAAUAAAAACAGCUCAUUUCCUUAAUGAAUCCCUGACGACCAUAAACAACUUAGUCUCCCCCCAGGUCUUCUCUCUCUCUCUCUCUCUCUCUCUCUCUCUGUGAAAACAGAUUCUGGAGGAAAUACUCAAGACUUGCUAUAUAUACUAACGACAAUGAACCAGAUAAGAGUUGAGGCACCGGAUUGGCAGGUUGCAGAGAUCCAACAAGUAGAACAAACCAGCAGUGAUGAGACAAACUCAGUCGAGGAAAUGGAAAUGGAAACCGAUGAAAUCAAACAAGUUGAACAAAAUAGAGAGGCAAACCCAGUCAAGGGAAAUGAACUCACAACAAAGAGAGGAACAAAGCCCCCACUUAAUUUCCGGGCAAUUUUGACAGACAAAAAAAUACCUAUGGACAGAUUCGACAAGUCUUCCCCUGACGAGCUGUGUAAACAGCUCUAUGCUGGAGUGUUCUUAGAGCCGAAUGCACUGUUCAUACCACUGCAGAAGUAUUAUGUUGACGAGAAGUUAAACAAGAAUUGCUUCGUAGUGUUUGCCAAAAAACUGUCUAUCAGUUGGAUUGAUCAGUAUUGGGGAUGGAUCGAAGAGAAAGAUACAAGCGGUGAAGUCAUUGAAGUGGCAAAGCUCAAAGAACUAGGAGUGUGUUGGUUAAACAUUGAAGGGAAGAUUCGUACAAUUGAUCUCUCACCUGGAACUGAGUAUGAAGUUGUGUUUGUCGUAAAGAUGAAUGGUUAUCAGAAAACGUGGAAGAACUCAGUGGCUCUUACGAUAAUUCUCCCAAGUUCGAAAAGUCUAACUCGCUCAGAAAAUUUAAGUGGAAAACCCGUAGGAAUUUGGAUUGACGUCAAGGUGGGUGAAUUUAGAAUGACACCAGAAAAUGUUGGAGAGAUUACAUUCAAACUGGGUGAAUAUUCUCCAGUAUGGAAGAAAGGGCUUGUUCUGAAAUGUGCCAUCAUUCGACCGAAGAACGACCAGGCACUUGGAUGUUAAGCUUUAUCUAUCUAUCUAGAGUGGAGAAUGUGUGCUCAUGUGUAAUAAAUAAGUAACUUUUAUAUAAAGGUCAAUAAUCCGUGCAAUCUACGGAAACGUUUAAUCUUUUC